CGCUUCUAAUCAGGGGGACGUCGAAGAAGGCCGCGUUGCUACGUUUCUCUCCAGGCCUGCUCCCCGCCUCAGCCGAGCUUAACGGUUGGCCGGAGGACGCGAGGCUGCCCUUUCGUUGCGAUUGGCUUCGGCGCCGUCACUCCACCCUUCCGCCCGCCCCCCGCCUCCCCCGCCCCAUCCUCCUCCUCCUGCUCCUCUACAGUGUCUCUCGGCUCUCUCGCUGGCUGGGCCUGAGGCAACAGCCGUUUCGCAGGCCGCGUGAGGGGAGGGGGCUCCGCGCUACUGCUGCCAUCGCCACCGCCGCCUCUGCGACAGGCCGGGGUGAUGCUGGAACCCAGGAGGGAGCCGGCGCGGCGCUGAGGAGGAGGCGGCAGAGAGAUGCGCCGGCCUUGCAGCUCCGCCAGCCUCCGCGGCCGCCUCCAACGGCCCUGAGCCGCCGCUUAGUAGGUGAGCCCGCCUGGGCGGACUAGACCGAGGGGGGGGGGGUCGCCGUGAGAGGAAAAGAGGGAGCGGGGAGGCCUGGCCGGCCGGCCCAACAACCCACCCUUCCCCUCAGGAGGGCCCCGUCGUGGGGAGGGCGACCUGCCUGGGCUGCCACUUCCCGCCCCCGCAGGGAAAUGUUAACGGGACGGGAGGGAGGCGGGCAAAACACCCCCCGCCACCGCCCCCUCCAAAAAAUAAAAUGAAAAAUGCAAAGGCUUUGCAGCUUUAAAGGGCAUAAUGCUCCUGACUGUACGGUGGCCAUGAAAGAUAAACUUUAUACUGUACUGCGGAAGGCCGCCUUUCAUUCAUUCAUUUUGCAAGUUGGAAAGGUGAGGAGGGGGCUUAAUGUGCAAUUGCCGCCUUGCUGCCUCUGGUCUUGAGCACGAAGGGGCUGGAGGAAGCUGAAAUAAUGUCCGCGGGGUGGGCGGAACUGCACAAAUAUCCUUUCCUCCGUUUCGCUGGCGAGUCCGUUUUUGUAUUAUAUUUAUUGGAGGUAGGUGGGGGUGGCCGUUAUUUUUGUGGCCUCUAAAGCCUUGAUCUGACAUCUUUAGGGAAGUUUUUAAUAUUUAAUGCUGUAUUGUUUUUAACACUUGAUGAGGAGACUCAGCAGAUGGGCGGGGUAUAAAUACAUUAUUAUUAUUAUUAUUAUUAUUGAUCUGCACGGUCGGUGUGGGAAUGAGUUGCAGUCAGAUGCAUGUCAAGAUUUUAGCAGGAGUCCUUAGUAGGGUUUUCUUAGGGCUCUCCUAUAAAUGUCCAGGUUUUCCUUGCUUUGAAAUUCAAUAUCGGCAAGUGUGCUCCAGCUAGUUUCUUCAGAGCUGGUAGCAUGCUUUCCCCAGAGGUGGUUAUGGUUAUUCCAGGGGUGGGUCCUGCAGUGGAUGGGUGCCCAUUCCAUCCUUAAUAGUAGCCUGCUCUUUCCUUAAAAUCACCCCAAGCCUUAUUGACCUGUUCAGAUACUGCAUUAGAUGAGUUCACAAUCAUUGCAACUGAUAACUCAAUAUGUAAUAUUGUUACCAAGUAGGGUAUGUAAGAAAUGGUUGUAAUGAAUAGAUAGUACAAAAGAAUGAAAAAUCCAUCCGAAUGUAAGAAGCUGCUUUAUGCUGGUUAAAGCUAUUACCCUGUCAAGCCCAGAUUUCUUAUUCAGCCUAGCAGCAGCUUGGAGAAUUUGUCCCUUUCCCAGGUUUGCUGAGAUUAUUUAGCCAGCACUUUAGUACUGUACACACAAAGCAUGGGCUUUGGCACUGAGAUCUAGUUGCCCCCUAUUGUGGUUCUGUGCUUGACAGGAUUGGUCUUCUAUUGUAUUCUUCUCAGCCAUGGAUAAACUGAAGGUGACUUCAAAUGUGAUGGAUUUUGUGCCCCUAAGCCCUGCGGUGUAGGGAGAAAUGUGCAUAUAGCAUGCAUAUUUUUUAAUACAGUGAUUAGAUAUAACAAACUGGAUGUGUAUGAACUUGAAUGGGGAGGCUGCAGCCAUUUUCAAUGGCAUGGGUCUGUGAUUGUUGCACACCGCUACAUGGAGUUUGUAUUAUAGUACUGCCUGUACAAAAUUUGUCCUGCUAGAAGCAGUCUUGGAUAAGUCACUUUGUUCAGUCUGUCCCAUUAUCUGUAAGACUGAUACCUCAGAGCAGGGUAGUAUCUUGAGAAUGACAGAGUUGUUGUGUUCAAGUUCUCUGUACAUGGUGCUGUAUUAAAGACUGCUAUAUUAAUGCUUAAUGCAACUUUUUUUGUACUAUGCUCUUUUAAUAUGUGGUUUUUUUGUAGGUGGGUUACUGGGUUGUUGCUGUUUUUAUUUUUAUAAUGUAUUUCAUGGUUUUAUAUUUUGAUUUUAUUUUGUAAAGCGCCUGGGACCUCCGUGUAUAGGGUGGUAUAUAAAUUAAAACAUAAAUAAAUAACCCUACCCAGUAUUAUGUGAACUUUUAAACUGAGUUAGCAUGUAAUCUCACUUUAACAUGAGCCUUAAAGUGUGAUGAAAUACAAAUUUAUAACCAGUUUACUAACUAUGUGAUAGGAGAAUCUAAUUCUUCUGUUUGAUUGUAAAUAAAUAAAAGUUUAAUUUGAAGUACUGCUAUAUUCUCUUGGUCAUGUUGCCAGGUAUGUGUAUUGGAUAACAGUCUUACUUUUUUUAAUAAAAACAAACCUUGUGAAGUAGGUAUGUUCUCUCCCCCCCCCCCCAUUUAAUCUAUCAGUUAUUUUUAUUUAUUUAUAGGCCUUCUUCCAAGGUAUUUCAGAAUGCAUUAAAAUGACAAAAUAUUGCAAACAUAAAAUAAUGAUGUACAGCACAACUAAAAAUAGAAUUGCAGCCUUGGGUUUGGAAACCAAUUACGUAUAUGAUUAUGCCUGAUGUCUAGAUCUAAUUGCUCAGAGCCUUAUAAGCCAAUAUAUUUACUCAGAAGCAGGUUCAUUGAUUUCAUUGUGACACACUUGCAUAUGAACACAUGAACCUGCCUUAAACUAUCAGAGCAUUGGUCCACCUCACUGACUAUUGCCUGCUGCUGACUAGCAGUGACUUUCUAGGGUUUAAGUGUACAUUGGCCUUAGAAAGAAAUAAGUAAAAAUGUUGUGUCAGGAAAUAUGUUCCAUUAUAAAACCUUUACCUUAAGACACAGUGCUUAGUCAAGCAAAACAGCUUUCCUAGUUCAAUUUUAUCUUUGUAGUGUAUAUGCAUACAAUACUGACUUUGGUUUUAGGUCUCUUUCACACAAGAUGGCUUCACAGGCAUAACCAGGAGGGAACAUGAUGCAUGAUAUUUCUAGGAUAAAAAUAUCCAGGAAAUGCUUUCACCCCAAGACAACCUGAACUCUUAAUGAGGAGCAUGAUGAUUGCUUUUCUUGCAGAUUACCAUGCAAAAUAAAUUGUUCAUUCUGGGUCACCUGUAGGACAGUGAAAUAGAGCAAUGUGGAAGUGCCCGGAGGAAAUACCCAUUUGUGCAAAAGCACAUCCGGCUUUUUAGUCACUAAGACUUCGGCCAGGAAAUUCUUCAUGUGAGUGCUGGAAUGUUUUACAAAAUUUCAUAAAUUGCAAACGAAAAAUGUUCAUAGACAGUAAUAUCUGUAGAUUUGUGGAACACUUUUAAUAUCCUUAAAUUUUUAUAUACACAAGCAUGUCACAAUAAAUUUAGGACAUUAGAUAUUCUUGAAUGAAGAUCUCCCUGAAGAAGAGGAGGAAUCUUUCGCUGUGGAUCUGUCAUAGUGAAAUAUGUUGUAGAUCACCUUCCUGUGUAUAUAUUUCAGUUUGUGAGAGUUUAGUAUUGACAUAGUUUUUCAUUAAAACUGUCAAAGGGGAACAGAGCAGGGCAUUCUCUAAAUUAACUAGGUUGCUGGGAGCCUUAUGAAUACUUAACACAGUAGAAAUUGCAUUGUUUCCCUUUGUUCUCUCUGUUUACCGCAUGUAUGUAGUUGGAGACUAGUACUGAAUUAGUCCUGGAAAUAUUGUAGAGAAUUCAGUGCAGCCAUGAGCUAAGAUUACUGAGUUGUUUUAUAUAACACUGGACAAGUUGUAUGCAAAGUGUUUCAGAUUAUUUUCCUUUCAGAAUUAAAACAGUAUUUCCUAGAAGGCCAGGUAAUUCUGAGGAAGAGAUGUGUUCAAUGGCUUGGCACUUGAUAUACUAUAUUUAAAUUUAUUGAGGUUAGGCAAGUAAGUCUACACUGCUGUCCUUUUAUGGUCAUGUAACAGAUUUUCACUCCAAAUACUAAAACUAUUGUGUUAAUACUUAGUUUUUGGUCGAGACCCUAACUGUGCUAGCUGGAUAGAAACUUAAAGGACAUGGGUUGUUAGUGUUUGGCUGUUCUCAUCAAAACAUUCUGACUGAAAGUUUCAGGCUUAGUUCAGCUGUAACAUUGAAACUUUGCUAUUAAAUCCUUUCUAUAGCCCACAUAAUAUUUUAAGCCUAGUCAGCCUUGUAACAACAUUUUAUCAGUACGUGGCAAGCUAAGUUCAUGUCUCUUCGUGGCUGAGAAUGGAUUUGAACCCAAAGCCAACAUACUAGCCACUGAUUGAACACAAAAUGUGAUCCUGAGAGUAGUUACAGACUUUGAUAAUAGUUCUUAAAGCCAGUGGGGAUUUACAUUUACAUUUACCUGGUAAUAUUGGUCAGCAGUUUGUUAUUAGCAGACGUUUGGGUUACAGAAGUUGCACCGACAGCUGACUUGGGUAUACUUGCUACAUUUCUACUUUGCUCAUUCCCAAGUCCUUCACUGCUGAAUUGUCAUAUUUCAUGAUCCUUAGUUUGUCAGAAGUAGACUGUGUAUUUUAAAAAAAUACACUCUAAAUCACCCUUCUCCAAUGCGGUGUCUUCCAAAUGUUCCAGGCUCAAUUCCAGCCAGUGUGGCCAAUGGCCAGGGAUGAUGGAAACUGUAGUUCAGAAUAUCUGAAUGGCACUGUGUUGAGAAAGGCUUCUCUAAACUAUUUACUCUGCAUUGUUACUUUAAAUUCUGUGUGAGUUUGUGGCUCCUAACCGUACUUCUUCCUAGAAAGUUAGGCUGCAAUGCUAACCCCAUUUAUCUGGGAGUUAGUCCUGUGGAUUUCAGUAGGACUUAAUUCUGAAUAGAUACGACUAGGACUAUUCUGUUAAAGUCCUAUUAAAGACAGAUGUUUAGAAAACAAUUUCAUAUUAGGUUCUAAAACAUUUGUACUCAUUGAGCAGGGACAUAUACCACACAUCUUCUUGAGCUGCAGCAUAAAUUUCCAAACCAAAAUGUCAAUUUUGAAGUCCUAAGGCCAGUAUUUCUGUUCAUGCUCAUUCUGACUUUGCAUUUGGAUCAAGCUGUAAGGCCUUCUAAAAAGUAAACUGCCGAUCUGCUGAUAGUUUAAAGCCACAAAUCCAGUGUACACUUUGAAGCAAAUUCCAUUGAAUAAAGCAUUUUCCUCUAAAACAGGUAUGUGGAUUUUGUGUUAAUUUACCUAAAAUGCCUGUUUUACAGGGCCAGAUAACAUGACACCAUAUAUGCUCAUAUUUUUGUCACUUGCCAUGAGGCAAAGGCUCAAACCACUGCUUGUUGUCUUUUUUCAUUCCUAUUCUGGAUUCUUUCCUCCAUGUCCUUUUUUGGCUUUGGAAAUGGCCCUGCAGCUUUCUCUUUUCCUACCUUUUAAAAACAAACUUUCACUAUUACUUGUUUAGUUGACCUCUGUUGGCAAUUCAAACAGUGUUUUAUACUUUUUGGUUUGACUUACACUACUGUGUAACGAGCAGUUUGGAUUAUCAAAAAUUCUGCAUAAAGGCAGGAACAUCCAGUCAUGCUUGGUUAGUGCCACUGAAAUUGUUAUGCCUAAAUAGGUGCAACAUGGCAAACCUGCAUCUUUAAAUUGUAUUUUCCUUAUUUAAAAAAGAUGCUUGAAACUAAUAAACAUUUAGACUGCCUUGGUAAUACAUUUAACUAUAUGAAGCAGACAGCUUUUCCAGUGACUGUUGGACAACCCAAGUAGUUGGAUUCAUUAGGACUGGUUGUUACAGUUCUUUCUUCUGGGUCAUUCCCCACCAAAUCACCUGGUGCCAUAUGCUCUCACGACUCAGAUUUUGCUCAAAUUUUUAAAUGUGUAGAUACCUAUAAGAUAAGCUCAAAAUAAUAUUUUAAGAUUUUUUGGUCCAAAAUUUUUGGUCCAUAUUAAAUAUCUUUUGGAUGAUAGGUCUAAUGAUAUUACACUGGCCGUGGCAAAGUUUCUUUCGGAAGUUAUAAGAAUCAAAGAUCAUCAUGUUUGAGACAAAACAAAAUGACCGCCUCGGUUUCUCUCUCUUGUGUGGUUGGCUGUCUCAAUUGUAUUUUGUUCUGAAAUUGUUCUACGGGUCUUUGGACCGCAAUAAAGAUUUCUAUAUAUAGAAUAUGCAGAAAUGGUGAAACUCACGGGAAGACUCAGAGACAAUGAUAAUGAAGACUUUAAAAAAGACUGGGAACCGUUUAUGAUGUAUCUACAGAAAUAUUGUAAAGAAAUGGACUCAAUAGCAGGGUUUGAUUAAACACUUAAAAGUAAGAAAAUAAGUUUAAAGGUCAGGAAAUAAUAAUAUGGAAUGUAAUUCAGUGCAAGAUAUAAUUAUGAAAGAAAAUUUGGUAUAAAAAUGAUAAGAAUUUAAGUAUAUUGAGAGGUAUAAGGUCGUAAAAACAGGGCAAAAAUUAAGCAGAAGUAAUAAAUAUUUAAAGAACCAGAAGGGGAAGUUGAGGGAAGUCAUGGUUUUUAUUUAUUUUUUGUUUAUAUGACAAAUGUUACAUUGUGUUAUUUGGUUGAAUAUUAAAUUAUAAAAUCCAAUAUAUAUCCAUCCAGCAUCAUUGACCAUAUUACAUGUAUGGGAAACAAAAUAGCUUUGACCAUAUCAUUGCAGGAGUGUUUUACAUAAUAAAUGAACAAGGACUCUGAGACGUAUUUUGUUUUUAUUAAAUCAAUAAAACUUAAUUUUAAAAAUAUAUUAGAUGACAUUGUAACAUAAGAGGGUACAGUUUUAACUAUUCUUAUGAAUGUGUGAGUUAUUUCAGGCUCAGAGAGACGUUAAACCUGUACAAAAAUAAAUAAAAAUUGUAAAAAAUUAUAACUGCAAAAACCACCCUCCUUAUUUUUAAAACAUAACAAGUACAUGGUUAGCCCAUUCUACAACAAAAGUACGAAAUAUACGUUAGUUGUGGUUUGCGUGCUGUGGCUUAUCGAACCUACCGGGAAUAAAAUAACAAAAAUUCACUUUGAAUGGUUGGUGACCUUUUUCUGUGGCACUUAAGAUCAUUUUUAUACCUUAUUUUGAAAGAGACCACAAUUAGCUUUAUUUUGAUACCAAAAUAAGCCAAAUUGGUUGAAAAAUAAGCGAAACAGGAGGUUUUUUUCUACACUGACGCAGAAAUUCCAUUAGCCUAAAUCGCACAAAAAUUGAAAUUUUCAAAAAAUUCUCCUGCGCCCAAAAUUUGGACCAAAAAAAUCUUGAAAUAUUAUUUUGAUCUUAUCUCAUAGGUAUCUACAAUUUUUUUAAAAAUGGAGAAAAUCUGAGUCGUGAGAGCACAGUCGACUAUUAAAAUCAGGUGAUUUGGCAUGGAAUGACCCUUGCUAUAAAAAUGGAAGAGCUGGUCCAGUAUUGUUGACAUCUAUGGGAUAGUUCUUCAGUUUAUUUACCCGAGUGUCUCAUUCUUUAUGGGUAACUGUUAUGUCAUCCAUAGCAGACAAGUAACACCAAUUAAUAUUUUAUGUACAGGCUUUGUUUUGGUAGUAAUGGUUAUUAACUCAGUUGAGCACUAGGCCUAAAUUAAGCCACUUAUAGAAAAUGUAUGUUCUUUAAAAUGUGAUUUAUUUUGAAUUGAAUACAUUUUAAUUUUAGUAAUGCAGUGACUGCAGCAAUAGUCUGGAAGGUAGUAUUCGACUUAAGUUUAGCUCAGAAUAGACCAUUGAAAUUAAUGAACAUUACUAAGUUAGGUCCAUUAGGUUUGCUCUGAUUAAAACUCAGGGUGACAAAUGCUGUAUUUUGGGUCAACCUGGAAUUCUGGUGUGCCAAGUCCACUGCAGUUUUUAAUAUAUAUCUUAUGUGCUGAUGCCAAAAAGAGGCUGUGCCACUCUAUAACCUUUGGGCAAUUUAGAAAUUUUUGGCUCCGGCAUGACCGAGAAAUCUGUUCAAGCAGCAAAUGUGAAAAGCUGAAAAGAAAGAAAAGGGGUGGGGGAAAAAGAAGUAAAGGGACUGAGGGGAUGAGAACAUAGAAGGGGAAUUGAGGGAAUGGAAAAAUGAAACUUAAACAUCCAGCUUUAAUAUAAGGUUUCCAUUUGAGUUGCUCAGCACUUUCAAAUAUAUCGAAAUUAACUAACAAUAGAGUGUACGAUUACUGGUCCCAGUGUUCAAGUAAACUAAACCAUUUCUAGCUACAUAAGAAAACUACUCUACUUAAAUGAACAGCAGCUUCAGUAUUUGAAUGAAACCAUAUAAAACUCCAUCUUUCCAGGUCAUCUGUUCAACUCUUUGCAAUAAGAAUGGAGGUUUAAGCCAUACUUUAACAGAUUAAAACCCAAUAUGCUCUUAGAAACCUCCAGAGAAAGGGCGUCUAUAACUUCUCAGGGCAAAUUGCUCUGGUUUGCUUGGUUUUAAAUUUCAUAAUGCUCCUUAGCAAAGCUUUAUUAUCUGCAUUCUGGGCAUAGAUUUUUAUUUUCAUGUGAUUAUUUUUGUUACAAGCUGCCCAGAAAGUUUUGUUAUAGGGAGCCAUAUAAACAAUAAAUCAGUAACAAAAAUAUGUCUGAGCUUUAAAAAAGAAACUUUAGGUAAAUAACUCUAGUUCGAUUAUAUUAAGAAGCGCAGCAGCUCUUUCUAUACACUGAGUAUGAUAGAAUCAGUAGCAAAUUCUAAUAUAAUCUUAGCUGGUUUAAUCAAGUAAACUAUAUGGGUAUUCUCCCAGCAGGUGAGUUCUUCCAGCAAUCUUGUCUCCAUGUAGAUGCUGUUGAUUCACUACAGUGCCAGAAUAUAUUCUUAAGAAGAAAAUUUAUCUCCUGUCAAAGUAAAAUAAUACAAUUUUUGAUGAGGAACCUCUCCUCCAAAACUAUGAAUUUUUUCAUGAUAGGGUAGUGGGUUUUUAAAAAAAUGAAAAUGGUUGACUGAUUUGGAAGUAGCUGUUUGAAAGCUUUUCACAUUUAUGUGUUUGAAAAAUACUUAUAAGCACUAGCCUGGGAGUGGGAUCCUGUCAGAUUUCUCUGUAAACUUGUAUAGGAUGGGGGUGCAAGGCUUAAACUAUAAAUUAGGCUUCUAAAUAGGCAGUAGUCUGGCCAUCAUGCUGCGAUAAGUAAGAAUUAAGCUUUAGAAAAACAAUAUUUUUUGCUUUCAGUCCACAAAUGACUAAUACAGGUAAACCGUGGGCAGGCAGGCUAGUAAAAACAGUGGGCUAAUAUUUUUUUCCACAAGUCUACGGUUUGUUUCAAUCCACAAAAGCUGCUAGACUAAAAAUUGUAGGCUAAUUUUUUACAAGUCUUCCAUAGGAUCACAAAAGUUGCUGGAUCACCAUGUUUUACUAGCAAGUCUGUCUUUGAAUACCCAUACUCAUUUUUUUGCAUAUCUAGCAUCAUGAAAGAGAAAAUCAACUUUACAAAACCUUUCUGAUUGGGUAGCAAUUUUCUGUUUACUGGUGGUUAGUUAUAUGACUUACAGCAUACAAUAUACAAUAUGUAAAACAUAUAUUAAAACAUCAGUAAAUAGAAACAUUGGGACACGGGUGGUGCUGUGGGUUAAACCACAGAGCCUAGGACUUGCCGAUCAGAAGAUUGGCGGUUUCGAAUCCCCGCAGCGGGGUGAGCUCCGUUGCUCGGUUCCUGCUCCUGCCAACCUAGCAGUUCGAAAGCACAUCAAAGUGCAAGUAAAUAAAUAGGUACCGCUCCGGUGGGAAGGUAAAUGGCGUUUCCGUGCGCUGCUCUGGUUCUCCAGAAGCGGCUUAGUCAUGUUGGCCACAUGACCCGGAAGCUGUACGCCGGCUCCCUCGGCCAAUAAAGCGAGAUGAGCGCUGCAACCCUGGAGUCAGUCAUGACUGGACCUAAUGGUCAGGGGUCCCUUUACCUUUAAAUAGAAACAUUAAAACAUCCUGCAUAGUAAAAAGGCCUUCUGAAAUAAAAUGGUUUUAGCCUGAUACCUGAAACUUAACCUAGACCAUCUCUGCCUGAUUCCUAAUGGAAGGGAGUUUAUAGAGUUGGGCCCACUACACCUAAGGCAUGACUUCUUGAUGACACGAGUUGUGCUUCUGAUCUACAGGGGAACUGCUGAUAGGGUACUCACUCACUGGAUUAUCACCUUGUCGUGGUGAGUGGACUUGCAUGUUCUUAUGACUCUUGUGAGCGAAGCCGUCGGGAAUCUCGUACUCCCAGCAGGGUCACCCAAGGCAGUAAUGUCAAAGGAAAGGAGCUAGACAAAGAAUGAUCCAAAAAGUCCUCAACGGCAGAACAGGUGGAUAAUAACAAGUGGUAUGUUACAACGGCUGUGAAGGCAGAUGAAGUCUGCAACAGAUAGCAAUCUACAGGUUGUCGUGACUACUCAUGGCAUCAGAACAGAACCUUACUGCUAAGACUGUGUGUUGGUCAGCGUGCGCUGAUCUACACACAUAAAUCAAAUUCAUGCACAGGUGUCUUCCAAAAACCAAACCUAUACCCCAGAAGUCCCAUGGCAAUCGGCAAAUGGUAACGGGGGCAGGAUCGUGAAAUCUGGAAGCCCCUAGUCAUGAACCGGCACAUGGGCGGUGGAUACAGAUUCAGUCGUUCUGACUCAAGGUACGAGGCAGUUGAGCAGCUCGGUAGCUGUAUCCAUGACUGAGCAGCCCUUUUUAGGAAACUCUGUUGGGUGGUGGAACCCUUUUUAAAAAGAGAGAGAGAGAGAGAGAGAGAGAGAGAGAGAGAGAGAAGAGCAGAUGCCGAAUGUUGAAAGUUGAGGGUGAUAAGACUGUUUAAUAACUUUCCAUUGCAAGUGUUUUUCUUUUCAGAAUUAGCUCCAUAACCCCUGUUCUCCCUGUGAGCAAAAAUAUUAGGAGUGUCUGUAUUCUUUCUUCUCCCUCCUCCUUAAAAGUGAGGCAGAAACCAGAAGGGUAGUGAUUUCUUAAAACAGCAAAUAAAAAAGAACUUCACAGCUCCUCCCCAUCCAUACUCUGCUUCUAAUUCCAACCUCCUCUUGCUGCUUUUUGCUUAUAAAAUAAAUAAGUCAUGAAGAUGGAUGUGGGGCUGCUCAUCACUUGUAGUCUCAGGGCCAUUUUUCAGAUUGGUUGGAAAGUUAUCUUAGAUGGUAUCUUUCCAGCUAUACUCUGUCAUGAAGCCACUGUGUUUUAAGUAGUUGACCUUUUCAGUAGUUAAUUGAUAGCUCCUUGAUUUCUCCCCUGCCCAGCACUAGGAGACAAUGUGAGUCUGCUGCCUAAGGCAAUUGGAGCAAAUUUCAUGUUGUUGUUUUGCCUUGAUUAUAAGCGUUCCCAUUUUCUACUGAUGUGGAUGUGACCAUUUUGUUUGUUUGUUUUUAAACUACAGUAGUCGGUGAAUUGUAUGUUAUGAAGCUAGCGGACACACUAUAGGUAUUUGGGAGGCUUUUUUUAAACAAAGUACUAAAAUGAACAUUCUUGCAGUGCAAUCCUAUACUUGUUUCUCAGCAGUUCAACUAUUCUCAGUGGGGCUUGCUCCCAGUUAAGCAUGCAUAGGAUUGCAGCCUGAUUGCACUUUAUUGUCAAGUAGUAGAUGAGUGAACUAGAACAUACUUGCUCUCAAAUUAUUGCUCUCAAUAAAGAGGUCAUCAAGAGUUCCGCUGUGCUUUGCUUGCAGGCUGAAUGACCCUCUUGACUCUGCCCACCUGUUUUUUAUUUUAACCAUAGCAGAUUACAAGCUAGGAAACUUAAAUAUAGCAGUACAAAAAACAUUAUUUCAGUGACUCAUGCACAACUUUCUCGUCCAGAGCAGAAUAUAUCUUGAGGUGUAUGCACUUCCAUGGAAGCAGAAAACCUUCAAUGGGGGAGGGGGCAGACUGAAGAUAGUUGUGUUUCUGUCAGCUACUUUCUGAAUUCUUGGAUUAAGAGUUUGACUUUAAAUCUUUUAGAUAGAUAGAUAGAUAGAUAGAUAGAUAGAUAGAUUCUGCUAGUUCUGUUAUCAACAUUUGUCCUGAUAGCUUUUGGGAAGAGGUCACAUAGGCACUAAAAGGCUAUUCACAGUUGUCAGGUUUCUAUCUUGGUUGGUAGAGUUCAACCCCUAGCAUAGAAUUCUGAAACAUUGCUUUGAGUCCACAUAGCAUUUACUGAGUUCUCAUUCUUAUAGAUCAAAACAAGAGCUGUAGCUAUUUCUCACUUCUGUGACAUCAUUGCAGCUCAUCCAAUAGAAACAGGCUGAUAAUCAGUUUUAUUUAGUGGAAUUCAAGGAAAACUUUCCUUAUAUAAAUAAAAACAUCACUUUUUGGAAAAGGUCCCUUUUUUUUUAUAAAUGAUAUUUAUUAAAGUUUCAAAAAAUACGAAAAAUACAGAAUACAGAAAAAAGAAGAAUAAAGUUUUUUAAAAUAUAACCAAAAAAGUAAAAAAUAAAAAGAAACAUACCAAAUAAAACAGUUAAAAGGACAUUAAUUUUCCAUAACCUAUCUUCCCUAUACUUAUUUCCCCGGACCUCCUCAUACCUCCCUUUUUUGUAUUCCAGUUCAAUUUGUUAGUUCAGCAAAUCCUUACCAUUAAACUUUUGCCCAGUUGCAAACCUUUUUUCAUAUCUCUUAAAGCAUUACAGCUAAAAACCUCUUAGUUUCUAUCCAACAUCCUUCUAAGAUUCCUUAAUUUUACAAUAUUUCUGUAAAUAGUCUUUAUAUUUCUUCCAGUCUUCUUUCACCGACUCUUCUCUCUGGUCUCGGACACUUUUUGGAAAAGGUCCUAGAAAUAAUCAUUUUAUUAUUUUCUGAAAUUACAUCACAGGUGAGGAACUUCGUUGAAAGAUGGUAUCUGGCAAAGAAUUAGAACAUUGUCAUAUUGGUGCUUACAGCUCUGAUCACAGAAGACUGUGUGUGGAAAAUACUGUUUUCCAAAAAAAAGUUAUGCUAAAUUGAAGUAAGAAUAUUAUUGUCUGAGAGAGUUCCUCUCCUCAUCCUGUGCUGGUUGCCCUUUCCUUCCCUGCUUAUUCUUCAUAUAAUAGUUGUUAUGUCUCCGCAAUGGUGUAAUUUCAGUGAUCACACAUCUAGAACAUUGAUCAUUUUAGAAAAAUGGCCACCUGUUUACUGACGGUAAACAAAGUGCUAAACUUUCAGUAGCCAAAUUCUUGCCUCUCUUUUUUUUAAAAAAGCCAGCAGUUCCCAAUAUUUGGUCUAAAUUUCUUUUCUGAUGAACAUGCAGUGUCAAUACUUUGUGGGACAGCAGAAGCCAGGUUGCAUCUGUUCCCAGAACUGUCAUGCUGGGGACAAUUGAUGCCUAUGCAUCAGACUGAUAAGAUGCAUAUCCUUAUUUACACUACCAUAGCCAAUUUUAUCAGGUAAGGAUAGCAUGUUGUAGGGUUUAUAUGUGCUGGCCAUGAUCCCUGUCUCCAUGUAAGAGACAGCUAUAGGGCACUUAUUGGAGGGAGGUGAUGAGCAGUUCUUCCCUUACCUUGUGUGGGUGUGAGUGUGUGCUUAUAUAAAUGUGUGUAUAUGAGGGUGUACUUGCAGGAGAGUGGCAAAAGAAAGUAACUUUUUUCCACUCCAUGCCCCUGUGCCUCCUGCAAAUUCAGGCACAUUCUGUGCCAACUUUUAAAAGCCUGCUGAAAACUUUUAUAUUCUGCUAUGCCUGUGCAGGCAGUUAAGAAUACACCUCCUCCCACACACAAUGGUCCAUUUAUGUUUGUUUUCAAUUUCUUUUCACUUUUCACUUGUUUUUAAUUUUUAAUGAUUUUAUUAUUUGGCUUUGCGUUUUUAUAUUGUUGCAAACCACUGUGAUAUAUUACAGUGGUACCUCUAGAUAUGAACGGGAUCCAUUCCGGAGCCCCGUUCGCAUCUAGAGGUAAACGUAUUUAGCAAUGGUACGUCUGCGCACGCCCGUGUCUCUUUUGCCGCUUCUGCGCAUGCGCGUGAUGUCAUUUUGAGCGUCUGCGCAUGCGCAAGCAGCGAAACCCAGAAGUAACGCGCUCCGUUACUUCCGGGUUGCCGCGGAGCGCAACUCGAACGUGCUCAACUUGAAGUAAAUUUAACCUGAGGUGUGAUCGUAUUAUGAUACAACGGUAUAUAAUUUUUUUUAAUAAAUAAAUGUGGGGCCCUAUGUAUAUAUAAAAAAAUGUAAUCUAAACACAGACAAUUGGAAAACACUGGCCUGCAAGUGCUCCGAUUGGAGAACAGCCUUUACCAAAGGUGUCUUCUUCGCCGUCGCUAUCGCCACUUGGUAGGCUCGACGUUGAGCUCUAACCUGUGUCCGGUCAGAUUCGGAGUGAGUUUUCUGCCACCGACGCUCUAGCCGUCUCAGCGAUUGUUUCAUCGCUCUCAGCUCCGAAUAAAACCACAGGGCUGUCUGGGCUCCAUGCAAUCGGAGAGGGCGCUUCAGAGCCAGACAGUCGAUAGCCCUGGUUAACUCCGCAUUCCAGCGGGCCACCAAGGAAUCAGCUGAAAGGCCAUCAACAUGGGAUAAAGCAUCCCCUACCACUCUCUGGAAACCAUUUGGAUCCAUUAAGUGGCAGGGGCGGACCAUCCGAAUUGGUCCUACCUCCCUGCAGAGGGGAAGGGUCGCGGAGAAGUUCAGUUGCACCAGGAAGUGAUCUGACCAUGGCACUUCUUUUGUUUCACUUUUACUUAGUGUCAGAUCACCCACGUCACUAGAGGUGAACACCAGGUCUAAGGCAUGUCCAUGACUAUGAGUUGGGCCAAACUUAUUCAGGGACAGCCCCAUGGAGGCCAUGCUUUCCACGAAGUCCCGAGCGGCCCCUUGUAAGGUCGUGUCGGCAUGGAUGUUAAAAUCCCCUAGGACAACCAAACUAGGUGUCUCCAGGAGAACAUCCGCCACGACCUGAAGCAGCUUGGACAGGGAAUCCUUGGUGAAGCGGGGAGGUCGGUACACCAAAAGGAAUCCUGUACUGCCCCAUUGCCCAACUUCCAGAACAUGCACUCAGAAAACUGGGUCUUCCCAGUAGGACGCCUGAUGCAAACUAAUGACUUCCUAAAAAUCACUGCAACCCUCCCUCCCCGCCCACAUGACCUGGGUUGCUGUGCGUAAGAGAAACCUGGUGGGCAAGCAGCGGCAAGGACAGGCCCAUCUGCUUCCUCUAACCAGGUCUCUGUCACACAUGCCAGGUCAAAUCCUCAUUCCACAAUCAGGUCGUGGAUGGCAGUGGUUUUAUUCAUCAUUGACCUGGCAUUACACAGCAACACCUUCAGGUCAUGUGUGUUUCCCCUGUUGAUUCCAGUAUCCAUCCGGUCAAGGCCAGACCUGGAGGCAGGGAUAGUCCUCAAACAACGACUAAACCUGCCUCCUCGGUAAUGACAUGGUCUGGUCUUAGCGUAACUCCUCCUCCUGCCCAUGAUCACCGAGAUCGGAUGUCCCAGUGCUUCCCCCCUGUGGAACUUGUCCCAGCCAUCGUGUUGGCUGGGACCCCACUCCCCGGCAGCCCUGAUCCCACCCCUUAAAAACAAAACACAAACUAUACAGAACCAAUUAAAAAAAAAAACCAGAACAAUUAUACUAAAAUUAAUCCCCAACCAAAUAUCCAUCCCACCCACCCACCCCCCAACAAAGGAAAAAAAGAAACAAAAAUUUAAAUUGCCACCGACUGCAUGAGGACAUUUUAAAACACAUUAACCACUUGGAAUAGGGAAGCAAUGGCAGAACACUUCCCACACUUCCCUAAAAGUUUGUUCCAAAUAAGGGCCUAGGCCACGCCCCCUGGGCCAGUUGGAAAAGGCCUUGGAAGGGAGCAGGCCCUGCAGUCCUCCCCACAGCCGAUGGUCCGAGGCCUCCCCGCAGCAGGAGUCCCUUUAUAGCUGGGAGAGUGAGGACCUGGACCACGCCUCCUGGGCCAGUUGGAAAAGGCCCUGGAAGGGAGCAGGCCCUGCAGUCCUCACCCAGCCGAUGGUCCACAGAGUAUGUUCAUUUGCAACACAAUGCUGAGUGUCUGGGGAGGAAGGGGAAAUGGAAAAUCUGUGUGGGUGGGGAUUCAGUGGAGUAUUCUGGAAAAUGACAUGACUGAUUAAAAUCCUGCAAAGGUACCUUCCGCACUGCAACAUUAAUUGCAGGUCCCACAUGCACAGUUAUGUUAGUGAAAGUCACAGCUGUGAGGUCAGGGCAACUGCUUUUGUGAGAGGAAUGAAAGUUGUGUUUUAUUUUCCUGGUUCAGAUAUUUAUUGACUACAUUCACAUAAGCAAUACUAGACAUUAUGUUACUUUUAUUUUUGUUAUAUUAAAUGUUAUUAUUCCAACCACUAAAUCACACUGGCUUCUAGGGUUCUUCUGCUAUGGGGCAGCUGUAUAAAUUAAGUAGCUAAAUAAGGAUGAGGAAAGCAAAAUGCCACUUAGAGAAGGAUCUGAAAUAUUUUCCUUGCAGUUUGCAUUUGUUUUAUUCUGGAUUGUUUUAUUUGAUGUUCUAAUGUUUUGUAAACCAUUUUGAAUUUUUUUCUUUAAAAUAUAAAGCAGUACAGAAAAGAAAUAAAUAAUAAUAAUAAAUGCCACUGCAAAAAAAAAAGGUGCCUAGACAUACCAGUGUGGCAAACAUAAUAUGGGUUUAAGGUGCCAUUUGGCGAUUAGCUUAUAUAUCGGAGUUUCUAACAGUGCUCGAAAUUAUGAAAUAUGAUGAGUGAAUUGGUCUACUACUGAACUACUAGUGUAGUGGCAAAGAAACUGAGCUUUAAUCAAGACUCAUACUUGAAUUUUGCUUCUGCCAUGAACUUACUAGGUGGCCAUAGGCACGUUCUCAGCCUUAUUUCCCCCAUAUACAGUGGGGGCAGGGGAUGUUUCAUAAUAUUGAAAGCCAAAUUGUCUGCUCUAGAGUCCUUUAGGGUAGAGGUUAACAUUUUAUAUCUAAACCAAAAAUACUGUGACUUUGGAAACAAAAACUCUAAAAUGCAAGCCGAUCGAAUUUUUAGAAAGGUUGCCCAUAGAAGGGUGCAACACAAAUAUUUUGGCAUUUUUCAAUACAAAGAAAAAGACAAAUGUGAAUUAUUUAAGACAUCUUAUUUGGACUUAUACAGUUCACUGUCAACGUCUUUGUUUGCUAUCAAUGAAUAUUAAAAUAAACUUCGUCUACUACAGUUAGAAAUGCAGUCUUUGAAUAAAUCAAUUGAACUGGAGGAAGUGCAAAUGACUAUUUAAAAAAACUAAAAGGAUACAAAGUACUGGGAGGGGACGGUUUUACAGGAGCAUUCUUUAAACAUUUUUACAAUGAAUUAUAUCCCCAUCUAGCCAGUUGUUGAAUGAAGUUCUUUCAGGGGAACUUCCAGGCAUCAAUCUAAAAUAACAGUACUACUGAAAGUUGAAGAAAAACCUUGACCUAGUGGAAUCAUAUUGUCCAAUUAGCCUGUCAAACCAGGAUGCUAAGCUAUAUACAGUGGUACCUCAGGUUAAGUACUUAAUUCGUUCUGGAGGUCUGUUCUUAACCUGAAACUGUUCUUAACCUGAAGCACCACUUUAGCUAAUGGGGCCUCCUGCUGCCGCCGCACCGCUGGAGCACGAUUUCUGUUCUCAUCCUGAAGCAAAGUUCUUAACCUGAAGCACUAUUUCUGGGUUAGCGGAGUCUGUAACCUGAAGCGUAUGUAACCCGAGGUACCACUGUACAGGCAUUUUAACAAACUGGUUAAAUACGUUCAUUACAGGUUAUAUCUCCCCAGACCAGAUGAGCUUUAUGCCUUGCUGGCAGAUAGUGGUUCCAAUAUGACACCUAUUGAAUGUCAUUCAUUAUAGUAAAAAGAAAGGUAACACGCUUGCAGUAACCUCAUUAGCUGUUUACAAGGCCUCUGAAAGGCCGAGUUCGACAUUUUUAAAAGCACUGAUACAUAGACUUAACAUGAGAGAGUGGUUUAUUAAUUCAAUUUUUGAAGUGUACAGUUUUUGAAGUUCUUAUGCUACUGUCAGUGUAAUUUUUCUCGACUCAGAAACCCCUAUAAAAAGAAGAGUAAAACAAGGAUGCCUUUUGUCCCCACUUUCAUUUGCCUUGUCUAUUGAAUCUUUGGUAAUAGUAAUUAGAAACAAUGUGAAUGUAGAAAGUGUAAAAAAAAAAAAAAGUAAAAUGAAUACUAUUAUCCCUUUUUUGCCAGUGACAUAGCACUCAUGUUAUCAAAACCAGAAUUGGCAUUACCUGAAAUUAUCUGAGAAUUGAAUAAUUUUGACAGUGGCAGACCUACACAUAAUGAAACCAGAUAUGAAAUUAUGUAUAUUGGGGUCCUCAGAAGGUCUCAAGUUUUCAUACAAAGCAUUGUGGGAGCUCAAAAGCUGAAAUACCUGGGAAUAUUCAUAACAGAAAACUUGUACUCUUUAAGUAAAGCAAAUUUUGAGCCCUUGUUAGGCAAGGAACUGAAAUCCUGGGAGGGUCUAAACCUUUCUUGGUUGGGCCACACUGUGGCUGUGAAGAUUUUAAUCCUCCCACGUUUCACUAUUUCAGGUCCUGCAAAUAACUAUAAUAGGAACGUGGGUGGCGCUGUGGUGUAAACCACUGAGCCUUUUGGGCUUGCUGAUCGGAAGGUCAGCAGUUCAGAUCCACACAAUGGGGUGAGCUUCCACUGCUCUGUCUCAGCUUUUGCCAACCUAGCAGUUCAAAAGCACGCCAGUGCAAGUAGAUAAAUAGGUACCAUUGCGGCAGGAAGGUAAAUGGUGUUUCUGUGAGCUCCGGCACUUGUCACGGUGUCCCAUUACACCAGAAGCAGUUUAGACAUGCUGCCCACAUGACCCAGAAAGCUGUUUGUGGACAAACGCCGGCUCCCUUGGCCUGAAAACGAGAUGAAUGCCGCAUCCCCAUAGUCGCCUUAGACUGGACUUAAUCGUCAUGGGGUCCUUUACUUUUCACCUUUCACCUUAGUAAGUAUAAUGCUUUAACAACAAGUUUGGCAGAGAUUAUGGGGUAAAUUCAUUCAUAGUAGAAAGAAAGCUUGGUUAUGGGUAGUGGCUUGUUUCUGUGCUUUGCUUCAUAGACUCUUAGAGCUCCUUAGAAACGGAAAGAGAAACUCCAGGGUCCUGUAGGACCUUUCUUUUUAACUUUGGAGUAAGACAGAUUGGCCCCAUACUGACUGUGCUGUGCUUCCAAGGCACAGUACAGUUAUGUGAAUAACCCCUAGCUCCAAGGUUAGGUGGAAGACUAGGGCUUACGUUUGUGGUUGAUGGCCGGUGGCCCCUGUGAAUUGUGGACCCCUGCCAGUUGACAUAGCAUAUUGGGCACCAAUGUCUCUUUUCAAGCCGUGCUUUGUCAAAGUAUAUUACACCUUUACAGUUUCACAUUUACCGUAUUUUUCACCCUAUAGGACGCACUUUUUCCCCUCCAAAAAUGAAGGGGAAAUGUGUGUGCGUCCUAUGGGGCGAAUGCAGGCUUCAGGAAGCUAUCUGCAAGCCCUGGGAGCCCGGUGGGAAUUCCUGCCGUGCUUCCUAGGCUUGCGGAUAGCUGUCUGCAUCCCGUAGCCUGGGGCACGCUGAGCUAUCUGCAAGCCCUGGGAGCCCGGUGGGAAUUCCCGCCGGGCUCCCUAGGCUUGCGGAUAGCAGCCUGUUCUUGGGGCUAGGGUCGGGGGAAGCUUGGGCUUCCCCCGCCCCAGCCCCGCACCUGGGGGAAAAAAAAAUAAUUCCCCCCCCCCCGUUAUUUCCGCCCCAAAAAACUAGGUGCGCCCUAUGAGCCGGUGCGCCCUAUAGGGCGAAAAAUACGGUAUUUCAAAUUCAUUGCUUCUAAGCUGAACCCAUAGUAUCCAUUUUCUUCCUGUGUUUUCUUAUUGGGCCGAAUUCUGUGAACUUGGGAAAUCUAUGUUCACUUUGCAGCCAUCAUUAUCUCAGUCAUCAAAUAACUACUCUUAGUGUGCUGUCUAACGUGGCUGUAGUGGGGAACCAUUUUUGUACGUCUGUGUAUGUAUUCUAGGUGUUUGUAUGAUAAUCUUAAUCUAUUAUAUACUUUUUAAAUAGUUUAAUGUAUUUAUAAUUAUGUUUUAAAUUUAAGUUGCUUGGAGACAUUUUAGGGAACAGGCAUCUAACAAAUCACAACAUAUGCACUACUCACAAGUAACAAGGAGAAACUGACUAAGUGCUGGGGAGGGAGGAUGAAUGGUGAAUCACACAAUGGUAUUGAUUAGACUGACUCAAUAAAGAGUUUGUCUUUGAAAUGGCCCUGUUGCUAGGGGGAAGCUGCCUGCUCAGCCAAUACCUUAAUGGAAGGUUGAUCACAAUUUACAGUUGCAGAAAUUAGAAACGUUCAGCUCUAGUUUUCAUUUUAAGAGCAAGUAUUGGGGUAGAUAGAAAACCCUGUCAAAGCAGCAGCAAGUUUGUGCCAUCUGCCCAUCCAAUGUGGCUCCCCGGUUAAUUUGUGUUUUGUGGGCCCCAACCAUACAAAAAUGGCAUGCAUGAUACACUGAUGCAGAUAUCUGGCUGACACACUGUGCUCCUCCACCUUCUGUAAGCAACUUGGACAUGUUGGCAGGGCUGCCUACCUGUGAAUUCCCUGACAUCACCACCACUGCCACCAUCAUUUUGUGUAUGCUGCCUUUCCAUAGUUAUAGCAAUGCUCAAGGCUGCUUACAACAUGAAAAGAUUUACAUAAUCACAAACACAGCAAAAGUCAUUUAUAAAUAAAACACAUCAAAAAGUACACAACCAGGCAAUUUUCACAUAAAUCAUAAAAGAUCUGAAAAUAAAGAUACAAAGAAUUAAUACCCAUAACAGUGACACAAGUCCCCAAGCAAUACCCCAAACCAAGAGUCUGUUCAGCAGCCUCAGCUUUUGUGACUGGAGUCAUUCAGGGCCCCACCCUCUCAGGCUGGGUGGGAGAAGUCCAGCAAGACAGGGAGCAGGAAUCCCAGGACUGGCAAGGCACCAGGUGAUCAAUUUUACCUUUGCAGUGCAGCUUGCAUUCAAGCAGCUUUCCAAAGGAAGGUCCCAGCCAAUAAAAGCGGUGCUUGGAAGUUACAGCUGAUCAGCACUGUCCUUCAAGCUCCAUUUUUGGCAAGGCUUGGCUGGACUCAAGAGUUUCUGAUCAGGAACCCUGGAGUGUAGCCAAUCGCAGUGGGACAUGAAGUCACUAGUGAUCAGCCUGCGAUUAGUACUGACUUCAAGUCCCCCUUUCAACAUGGCUCUGAUUGGGGGCUUCCGAGUGGAACCAAUGCCACCCAAAAGGGGUUUGCAUUUGGUGGCAGAUCUAAAAAGUACCAAAUACCAUGCACAUUUUCAGGCUCCCCGUGGUUCCUUUGCACCACCCGUGUCUUUAUCUUUACAUAUAUGAUGUCAUGUGGGGUUGAUGGAUGUGACUUAGGGAAAAUAGGAUUGUGGCCCAAAUUAGGAUGCCUGCUGGGCCUAAUUAGGCUGAAAGCUCCCUGCUACUGCUCUAAUGCAUAAAGUGACUAUAAACAGAUAUUAGAUGAGCAUCUGUCAAAUAACAGUGUUAAGCGUGGGACAACCUGAUGGUGUAGUGGGUUGAGAACAAAAUCUGCUGUAUUACAAUGUUAUAUCAUUUUAAUGGCAACUACAAAAAUUGCUUACCUGGAAAACUAAUCUUAGAAAAGGGAUGUAUAUUUAGUAGUAUUUUGAUGUUGAGCAGCAGCUGGGGGAGAAGCAGGCAGCCAGCUCAAAUGAUCAGCCAACUCAGAUCACCAACUGCUUUGUGGGUCAUCGUUCAGAAUUGUUGCUUCAAUGUACUUGCAGAUUGACAGGAAUCUUUUCGCAGAGUUUGCUAAUACUUUCAAGAAUAUUAUGGAUCCUGUUGUUUUUAGCUCUGCCAUCGCAUUCUCCUAGCUUUGAUAUUUUCUACUCAAAAGUCCAGUGUUGCAGAAAGACUAUCAUUUUUUAAAACAUAUUUUUUUGUGGUACAUUAGUAUGAAACUUUCUGCUAGUGAACACCUAAAAAGCUAGUAAGCUGAAUUUUAAAAAGUACUAGUCACAGAUGAUCCAAAAUCUCUUGUUCUAUAACUUUAUCCUUUACUAAAGAUCGGAAAUCUAAAUGAAUAUGAAUGCUCAGUUUAAUUGGGAACAGUAGCUGAAUAACAUCACCGUGGAGGUUAUAUGAGCAUGCGUGUUAUCCUACAUUUUGUAGUAGUUCUAUCUAUUUGCAGAAAAGAAGGCCUAUGAAAUGAAUAUUUUAAUAAGGAAAGGGUGACACUAAUGUUUCUUCCUCAGUUUCAACCUUAUACACACACCUGUCCAAAGCCUAUCCUAUUUCUAAAAUUAUAACUGAAACCUCUGCACUCCAUUGCAUAGAAUAUCAUAAAAACUGAAAUGUUCAUUAUAAAUAGAAAAUCCUAAAUAUUUUGGGUGUAGAGUGUUUAAACAAUUUGUUUUAUUGUAAGCUACCAUGAGGGCUCCAUUGGGGUAUAUAAGGGGGAGCGAUAAAAAUAUAAACAUUCCCCCUUAGCUUCUCAUUUUGUUAAUGAGUUGUCUUAAUAAGUGUUCAGAAGCUCAUUUUGAGUCUCUAUUCAGCAGGUGACUUGACUAAAAUAUUGUCUUCCUGUGUUUGAAAUUUAGGUAACCUAAUCCAUGGGUAAAGUUGGGAAGAUGUGGAACAGCUUCAAGUACAGAUGCCAGAAUCUCUUCAACUCUGAAGGUGGAAACAGAAGUGAAAAUGUAGAUGUAAACUCUAAUUGUUCUUCUGUUAGAGAUAAAAGUGUGUUUGUUCCUGAUCCAGCUGUGCAACGACCCAGCAGCCCUUUACGAGACGUUUCUUUACAACUGAGUCUAAACCCUUCAAGAAGCUCUGCAAGGAAAAAUCAAAACUGUGCCGCAGAAAUCCCACAAAUUGUGGAAAUAAGCAUUGAGAGGGAGAGUGACUUGGGUGUUGGCACAGGAGCUAGACUUGCACGAAGAGAUUCCUACUCAAGGCAUGCACCAUGGGGUGGGAAAAAGAAACAUUCCUGCUCUACAAAAACCCAGAGCUCUUUGGAUAGUGAUAAAAGAUUUGGCCGUUCUCGCUUGCAAAGGAGAGAGAGAAGAUACGGCGUGAGCUCUGUUCAUGACACGGACAGUGUCUCAAGCAGGACCAUUGGGAGUCGCUCUCUGCGACAAAGACUUCAGGAUACUGUUGGCUUGUGUUUUCCUAUGAGAACGUACUGCAAACCAUCCAAACCUCUCUUUUCUAACAAAAGGAAGAUCCAUCUCUCUGAACUAAUGCUAGAGAAAUGUCCUUUCCCUCCUGGGUCAGAUCUGGCUCAAAAAUGGCAUCUAAUUAAGCAGCACACAGCCCCAGUGAGCCCCCACUCAACUCUCUUUGAUGCAUUUGAUCCUUCCGUGGCUUCUACAGAAGAUGAAGAGGACAGGCUCAGAGAAAGACGAAGGCUCAGUAUUGAAGAAGGGGUUGACCCUCCUCCCAAUGCUCAGAUACAUACCUUUGAAGCUACUGCACAAGUUAACCCGCUAUAUAAACUGGGACCAAAGUUGGCCCCUGGCAUGUCUGAGCUGACUGGAGACGGUAGUUCAACGCCACAGGGAAGUUGCGACCUGGAGGAAGACACGACUACUCUCUGCUUGCAGUCGCGUAGGCAGAAGCAGCGCCAGGUAUCUGGAGAGAGCCAUAGCCACACCAGCAGACAAGGAGCUUGGAAAGUACAUACUCAGAUUGAUUAUAUACACUGCCUUGUCCCAGACUUACUGCAAAUUACUGGUAAUCCUUGUUACUGGGGAGUGAUGGACCGCUACGAAGCAGAAGCACUUCUGGAAGGAAAACCCGAAGGCACUUUUUUGCUCAGGGAUUCUGCUCAAGAAGACUACCUCUUCUCUGUGAGCUUCCGCCGUUACAACCGGUCUCUACAUGCACGCAUUGAACAAUGGAACCACAACUUUAGUUUUGAUGCUCAUGACCCCUGCGUGUUUCACUCCUCCACUGUUACAGGGCUUCUAGAACACUACAAAGAUCCUAGUUCUUGCAUGUUUUUUGAACCUUUGCUUACAGUCUCCCUAAACAGAACUUUCCCUUUCAGCUUGCAAUAUAUCUGCCGGGCAGUAAUCUGUAGGUACACUUCGUAUGAUGGGAUUGAUUGUCUCCCUUUGCCAUCAAUGUUGCAGGACUUUCUCAAGGAAUAUCACUAUAAGCAAAAGGUCCGAGUGCGAUGGUUGGAGCGGGAACCAAUAAAGGCAAAGUGAACAGAGUUCAGAGUCCCCAGUAAGCUCACUAGAAAUAUGUGCUUUUUUGUGCAAAUACAGUAUAACUGUGGUUAGCACAUCAGUGUUCAGCUGCUGCUUCUUCAUCUUCUUUUGCAAUAUGGUACUUUAAGCUUAAUGUGUUUCUGAGUGUGUUCAGAUGCUGCCUGCUAUUAAUCAAGCUUAGUUGUGAAUAUCUCUUGAAACAAUAUGUUGAACACAAAUUCACACAUUUUUAAAUGCGGGCUUGCAGAUUAUAAUUGUCUGGUUCUGAAAUACACUAUUUUCUUUCCGCAAUUCGUAUAGUUAUUAUGCAAAGCAGCCAUUGAGUAUUUUCUAAGUUCCAUUCAAUUUCAGGAGUCAGAACAAAGUGAGUUGCUGACUUUUUUUCAUUUUUGAACAUUUGAACACCAGCAGUUGUGUUCCAGUGUAGUUGCUUUCUUAGUACAUUUUAAAGUUCAGUUUUUCCCCAUGACAAUUUUCGCAUUAAAGCUAUUCUAAAAUGAAAAAUCAUGAGCAACUAGGGAAACUGCUGUCACCUAGCACUUCUAAGAAUUGAUCACGUACAUUAAUGAGCACUUAUAUGCAUCUACUCGGCACCAAACUCUGGUUUUUAAAAGGGCUGUAUCCCAAUUAAGUAUACUUUAGUGUAUGAUUGUUUGAGUGCUAAUAGAUUAAUCAGCCAACUAAGUUUGCAUAAAUUUGCAUAUCACUAAAAUAGUAACCAUAUGCAGGAAAAGGAAACACAUACUUUAUUUUAUAAUGAUGCUUACAUGUGCCUGCUAUGAUACCUUGAAAGAGGCAUCUCUUAUAGCAGUGGUCACCAACCUUUUUGGAUCUGGGGGCACAUUCUGAAUUUUGAGAAGAUACCAAGGGUACCAGUUAGAAAAUGGCUGCCACCGGGGGUGUAGCCUAACACAUAAUGGCUGCCACCUUCAAAAGAGAAGAAAAAGAAAAGAAAUGGGAACAUAAAAUAGUUCGAAUAUGGGAAAAUCAGUUCAGGUUUUAAAUAUAUAUAUCUAUGCGUAAUCAGAGAUAAAAAGACAUAAAGCUGACUCAUAAGUAUUUUCCCCUAUCUUUAUGGAGAAGAAAAUAGUAGAAAAACACAGAAAAUACAGAAAGGACUCGCCAGAGAAGUAGUUGAACAAUACUGUUGCAGAGUAGUGUGAUUUUAAGGCUGACUCAUCUACAAGCAUCUCAAAACUAGGGGUGUAUGAAGAAACGAUGAUAAUGAUUUUUCUGCCUUUGCACUAAGCCCUCUUCUCUCCAGACAACCUGGGAGCAAUCCCUGUCGGCCAGGCAGGGGGGGAAAGUGAUAACACUGAUGCCUCUGAAAUGACUCCCUCCCCCAAAAACAACAACUUGGAAACAAUCAGGAAUAAUGUGGUGAGGAUGGUGAUGUUGAUAAUAAUGAUGCCUCUGCAUUACCCCACCCCUCAAGAAUGUAGCAACUUGGAAACAACCAGGAAAAUUCUUAGCAUCAUUAUUAUUACCACCACCAUUAUGAUGUCUCUGUACUGGGCUCCCCCCUUCAAACAACUUUGGGACAAUCCUUGCUGUAGGGCAUGUAGCAGGGAUAGCAGGGAGAAAAAGGGUUGCCAUAUCCUUACCCCCUCCCUGAGUUCAACAGAGGCUUCUCUCAAGCAGCUGUGUGAUCCACAUGCCGGCAGGCAGCAAACAAGUAUGGCAACAAUGGGAGGCUUGCCAUCUUGCUCCCCCCACCCCACAUUUUCAAAAAGUUUCUUAAGCAACUAUCCGCAGACUGUUUCACGUGGCCAGCAGGCAGCAAAACUAUUAAUUCCUGGGCUGCUUCCCCUAUUCCAAACAUAUUUUUAAAAGCCUCUCAAGUAGCAGCCUGUCAACUGCUCUAUGUGGCUGGCAGGCAGCAAAGUAAAUGUAGCUGCAAACCUUCCAGGGACUAGGAAACAAGACAGUAACAGGAAAAGUGCAGGAAGCAGGAAAAGGCACCUCUUUGGGACCCUUUGCCUGCUGCCCAAACAACUCAUUUAUCAGGCACUGCUCUGACUACACUCAUUGAUUAAAAACACUGUCAGGAGGGAGCAGCCGGGCUGGUUCAUUUCACAUUGGUUGCUUAGAAGAGCACCUGCACCUUCUGCUUCAUAACUUCUUUUCUAGGAUGGCUAGAGUCCUGUGAAAGAAAGAAAGAGUUGUGGGUAAGGGCAGCCUGGAGGCACCAGUGAAGGCCGUCUCAGGCACCCAGUUGGCAACACCCCUCCCCCAAAAAUCCUACAAUAUGACUCAGAAGGAUGAGUGCCUCUUCUGAGAUGUUGCACAGUUUGUGGAAGUGCUUAAAACUUGCACAUUUUCUUAAAAUCUGCUAUACAGUUAAUCGGGGUCACCUUAAUCAGAUGGCUUGUAGUCAGUUGUCUUAAGCAUUGCAGCCCUAGUUAAAAAAAAGUAAAGUUUAGUAUACACAGUGUUUCAGUAACUUCUGUCUAACGCUGCAAGCCUUCACAGAAGUAAGAUUUAUUAAAUUCAUUGGGACUAAACUCCUAGAUAAGCAUACGUAGGAUUGCAGUUUAAGUCAACCGCUGCUGGUAAGUCGUGAUGAUGAACUUGACUCAGCUAUAAGAAACCUGACAAGUAGUAAUUGGAGCUUUGCAUUAACUGAUUUUUGAAUGGUUCAAAACAGUAUUUUUAACUGUCUGCUAAAAACUAAUGGCCAUCUAGCUUAGUUAUGACUUAAAAGCUGAUCCAGAAAAGAUAAUGUUCUGUUCUGCUUCUUUCCCUCCACCCUACUCAACGCAUCAUACGUAAAGUUUCAGGCUUCAUAUAGGUACUGUUGUAUUUGUGAAUGGUGUAGCACCUUCUUUUGGUAAGUUGUAGAUUGUGUUCUCCUUGAGCAAAAAACUUUUGAAACUUGCUCUUUUGCUUCUGGUUCUCCCCCCCCCCUUUGUGGACAGAACAUAACCUGUUUUGUCCUAGUUGUGUUUGCACUAAAAUUUGUGUUGGAGUACAGAGUCCCUUGUUUUUUGCUUGUGUAUCUUGUACCAAUGACUAGUGCUCCCUAGGUUCUUAACCAGUUGACAGUGACUGUGAGGUAGGAAAACUUCAAAGCUGCGUAUACAAGAAGAGUUAUACUUGUAUGCCAACACUAACCAGUUUAUCAAUGUGUGUUUUUCCUCCGCUUGCUGUGCCUUGUUACAGCUUUUUUGUGCUAAUAAAGUACAGUAUUUUCAGUGUUAUACUUGUAUAUUUGCUCUUUUAUAUUUGCAGAGCUUCUCUUGUAGCAGUUAACCUUUUUUUUUAUAAAAAAAGCUUUAUCUUACGUUUAGUUUAGCUUGCACAAAUGUACAACUGAAUGAUUACUUGACAUGUCACCAAAUUUAAGCAUAAAUGAAAUUCUCUAGAGCACCCAAAUACAGAUGUUUCCAAGCAGUUGGGGCCAUUUCACACAUUGCAUGGAGGCAACUGUGGGUUUUCCAUGGGAUGCGCUUGACAACUGGUGCAAAUCCCAGCUCUCUAGUGUGGAUCUGAAUGGGGUGUGCUUUUUACACCCACACAUUUCAUUUUUCGAUGUGUGCUUCUAUCGAAGGUGCGUAUCUUAAAAACAACAAUGUAAUGCUUGAAGUGGCCUUUGGUUUUCAUUGCAAAACCAUAGAAUAGUGGGUCUGCAGUAUCUGGCCACUUCAAAAAGGCAAUUAUAUAUGGAAAACCCUUCUAGGUAAGAAGUAUAAACACUAAGUGUACAUCAUCUCAUGUACACAAACACAGGUUUUGCCUGUUACACUUGUGUUUGUCCAUACAUUUCUUAAGCUAAAUAUAGAUUAUUCACAAGAUGCAUUCAUUCAAAGGCUUUUUGGCACCUUGGAAUGAAAUGCAAUUCAUUUUUUUUUAUUUUUGCUUUCUUUUAUUAUAUAAAAGAGUCAUAAGUUAUUGUGCAUUAUAUUUGAAGUUUGACAUAAUAGCCUGUCAUUUUUGAAGUGGACCUAAGAUCAGGUGAUGUUUCUGGAUAUAAUUGGUUAGCUAUUUGCCAUGUGUGGCAGUGGUAAAGGGCAUUAUUUAUACCCUUCCUCAGCGCCUGGCAAAACAAUUGCAUUUUUAUUUUUGCACUAAUGAGUUUGCAAGGAAUGGAUUGAAUAGAUGCUACAGAAUCAGUGGUUAAAAAACGGUUUUGAAAUACUGUUCCAGACAUCUUUUAUGGUAGAUGGCUAGGCUACAAUCCUCUAAUGUCCUUCCUGGGAGUCCAACAGAACUUGGUGAGUUUUACUUUUGAGGGAUCAUAUAUAGGAUUGCACUGUAAAUUGAGUUAAUUUUUCAGUAUUGUCCACCUGCAAGACAAGUAAUCCAUAUAGAAACAUUUGCCUGGUAUCCUAUUUUGUGUAAUUUUUCUUUCAGAGAAGAACAGAGAGGAAAGAAAGCGUGCAUCAGGCCUCUGCAUAGAUAAGAUUCACAUGUCGAGUGCCCACUGUAUUUGAGAUAUUGGCGAAAGUUGUGUAGCUCACAAGGAUUGCUGCUUGUAAGUGUCUGAACCUGGCCAGAUUCUUUUUACCAAAGAGGUUGAAGGAACAUGUUGCUGCUUAUAAUCUAAACUAAAACAAUUGAACCAAAGUAUCUUCAGCAUAAGCUAUUUGGGUAUAAUAUGCAAUGCCAGAGAUCACGAAAAUGUAUAUAAUUUAGCAGCAGUUACUCAUAAUUUUUUUAAUGCAGUGUAGUCUCAAUAUACAGAAUUGUCCAAAGUCUGUCUACUUCAACACCAGAAGAUCUAUAUACACCAGAAAGCUAUUGAAAGGAGUUUAUUUAGACUCCCAGAGAGCACUUUAAAUGGGCUAGUUUGGAAAACUCUCAUUAGGCUGGGGCUGAGGAGAACACAUAAAUGUAUAGGAGCCAGCAUCAAAUUUGAAGUUUCCGGGCAUUUAGGAUUAUCCAACUUUGCAUUAAUUGUAUCAAAUGUGCUUUCAAAUGUCAGAUUUCCAAUGUGGAAUUUCUUUUUGCUCUGAACAUGUAAGUACUUUUCACUAAUGUUAAAUGUAAGCAUGUUAUAACUGUUGGGUUUGUGUGUGGGUCUGUAUUACUGAAUAUGCAAACUUUUGGUUUAUGAACUGCGCUAAAACUAGCUGCUUACAUUAAAAUGGAAAAAAAGUAACCAGCAUGAAAUUGUGCCCAAGUGUACUUUCCCUGCUUUUUCACGCUCCGUCAAUUUAUGUUAAAUUCUACAAUGGUUGGGUUUUUCCCCCUGUUGGUGAAUGUGUGUUUAGUGUGAAUUCCUUCAAAACGAUUCAAAUCAGGGACUUGGUUUUUGUACUACAAGAAACAUGUUAAAAGUGUCAUUCACGUUCAGUGGAAAUAAUUGCACUUAAUUUUUGUAGGAAUUUGUUGCUAUUUUACUUGCUGCAGUACCCUUCUUGUGCUUAGCCCAGUGGCUCACAAACUGUGGGGACAGGGCCCCCUGGUGGUGGGAGGGCAUAUUUCAUGGAGGGGGGAGGAUCCUGCAGAAUGCAGAGCAACAGACAGGUCUUCUUCCAGGUAACAGGUUUUAGCAUCUCAGCUGCUGCCAAAGCUGUCAUGCAAACUCUGGAAGCUACAGAGAGAUUGGAAACAUAGGAAUGCUUCUGGCCAUAGCAACUGCUCUGCCUCCUUUCCUGGCUGGCUAACUUUUAUGUGUGAGUCUUGAGAUGCCUUGUUUAGUUCUCUAAUAAUGGACCAGUGCCCUGACCAAAAAUCCUUUUUAUUUUAUUUUAUUGAAAAUACUCAUGCACCACCUUUCUGCUAUCUCCAACUCUCCCCACCCCUCCAGGUAGCUUUCAGUCACACUUAAAAACAGCUGUCAUAAUAAAUAAAAUGGACGCGGGUGGCGCUGUGGUCUAAACCACAGAGCCUAGGGCUUGCUGAUCAGAAGGUUGGUGGUUUGAAUCCCCACGACAGGGUGAGCUCCCGUUGCUCAGUCCCUGCUCCUGCCAAGCUAGCAGUUUGAAAGCACAUCAAGUGCAAGUAGAUAAAUAGGUAUUGCUCUGGCGGGAAGGUAAACGGCGUUUCCGUGCGCUGCUCUGGUUCGCCAGAAGCAGCUUAGUCAUGCUGGCCACAUGACCCGGAAGCUGUCUGUGGACAAACGCUGGCUCCCUCAUCCAGUAAAGCGAGAUGAGCGUCGCAACCCCAGAGUUGUCCGUGACUGGACUUAACAGUCAGGGGUCCCUUUACCUUUAAUAAACAUAAAACGGUGAAUAUAAAGCUAAAAAAGUCCAAACAGCCAAUAAAAUUAAUAAAUAAUGUCACCAAACAUCUCAAAUGGUGCCAAAAGCCCUGGUGAAUCAAAAGAGUUUUAACAAGCACCCGAAAAUCAGUUGUGUGGGUACCUGACAGCUUUUUCUGGAGAAAGAAACCUGAUUGACGCAUGAAAUCAGACAUUAGUAGGGGAAAGUAGGAGAGCUCAGCAGUUGCAGCUGUAUGCAAAGAUAGCAUUUGCUUUGCUGUGGGAUGUGUGUGUGCACUCAAAGGUCGGGAUUUAGAAGGGGGGGCCCGUGUCCAGAAAGUUUGAGAAACACUGGCUUAGCUGUAUACAAGCCCAGUUGCGUUUUGAUUGACUUUAUUUCUGGUGCUGCACUGUAAAUUUUGAAUAACAAGAAAACGAUUAAGGCAGUGCUCAGAAGGCUGUCCCAUCUUGUGAGAAGGAAUCUAAAGUCGAGGCCUCUUCUGUACAUGCAGUGCUUCAAAGUUGGUUUUGGUCUGCUAUGUACACUUUUUUUCCUACAAGCAGUUAAUGUUUUCUUCUGUGGUCUUGAAGCAGAUCACACCUCACCUUGUUAAUCAGGACAAAUUGGGCAUUACUGUUUAGUCUCCAGUAACUUAGGGGCCAGGGUGAAUGUGUUCCUUCUGGAACAAUAAACCAUUAGCAAAACUUUUCCUCGGAUUUUUGGAAGGAGGUUUGCUGCUCCCUCUCUCUGUGCUGUGUCAGAAAGAGGUAGAAACAAGUGUGACCUAACUCCUGAGAAGUCUUUAAGAAUACCAUAAAGUAGGAAGUCUCACUGAACUGCAGAUACCGUAUUUAAAAAACAAAACAGAAUUUGAGGCUAAUGUCACAUUCUGUUGAUUCUUUUUGAUAAAUAUGUACAAUAUGCACAAUGGUGUUUUUUAAAAAAUGCAGACCUACUUUGGCUUCUUGCUGCAGGUAAGAAUUUGGGCUCAGAUUAAUAGAAACCCCUUCAUUUCUGCAGAGAUCUGAUUCCUUCCCCUAUAAAGUUAAUGUUGCUUUAGAAGUGUGGAAUCAUCAUUCCUUCAGAUAAGUUAAGUAUGGAUAAUAGGUCUGGCAAAAGCUGACUUCCCUGCCCCACUUCUUCCUGUUGGUAGUCCCCUCCCAAUCAAUAACUUUUUUGGGGGAGGGAUGCUACCAUCGGUGGGAGGGAGGAAGUUCUGCCAGUCUGCUUAUGCAAGUUUAACUCUGUUUAUAACAUGAUGGGUUUUUAACAGCAUCGUGCCUGGUGUUUGAACUAGAUUGGUACAGUUUUACCACAUGGGAAUUGCAAUCUCAGGCUGGUUUAGAGGUGUGUAAGAUGUGCAUUAUUGUGGAUGAACUGUGAUCUUUAUUGUACAUGAUGUCAGAAAAGGGGAUUUUACACUGUUGCAUUGGAAUGCUAGCCUUAUGAAAGCAUAAUUGCUAAAGGACAAUGCAUUUUUUCCCCUAUCUAUAAAAGCAAAACUUCAGAACAUGCACUCACUCACCCACCCAGACUAUGCAGUUCUAUUGUGAAGUUCUGGCAAUAACGUCGUUAUGAAAUCGUCAGCAG